UUUGAAAACAAUAAAUGUCGGAAGUGCACAAAAUAAAUAUUUUAAAACAUGCCUCUUUCAAGCUCAAGAAAAAGGCCACAUGAACCUGAUGUGGAAUCAGAAGAGUCCUCAAAAAGCAAUGUUAAAGUUGUUGUUCGCAUAAGACCACAAAAUGUGAAGGAGGUUGAAGGCAACUACAGGGAAGUUGUGCAGGCUGUGGAUGAAAAUAUUUUGAUAUUUGAUCCAAAAGAGAAUUCAUCAAAUGAAUAUGGUGGCACCAGUAGAAAACACAGGGAUAUUCGUAAGAGAGCAAAUCGUGACUUGAAGUUUGCAUUUGACCAUGUGUUUGGCCCGAGUGCUAACAAUAUUGAUAUUUUUAAUGAAACCACACAAGGAGUGCUAAAUGGAUUGUUGGAUGGCUAUAACUGCUCAGUUUUUGCAUAUGGAGCAACAGGGGCUGGUAAGACCCACACAAUGUUGGGUAGUCAAGAUAACCCGGGCGUCAUGUACCAUACCAUGAUGAACUUGUACAACCGCAUUGAUCAAAUGAAGGACACCAAAACAUGUGAUGUUGCCGUCUCAUAUCUCGAGGUGUACAAUGAGACCAUACGGGACUUGCUGAUGCCAGGAAGUGUACUGCCUGUCAGGGAAGAUCCCGGCAAAGGCGUCAUCAUUCCUGGUCUCUCUCUUCAUAAGCCUAAGACUGCAGAGGAACUAUUGUACAUGCUGCAGUUUGGAAACCAGCACCGAACUCAACACCCGACAGAUGCCAAUGCAGAGUCUUCACGUUCUCACGCUGUCCUUCAGGUUUUUGUGAGACAAAAGGACCGGACAGCAAACAUUUCUACAGAGGUUCGGGUGGCCAAACUCUGCUUGGUAGACCUGGCAGGAUCUGAGAGGGCGACAGUAACCAAAAACAAGGGCUCACGGUUUCGAGAGGGGGCCAACAUCAACAGGUCUCUUCUCGCUCUGGGGAAUGUGAUUAAUGCCUUGGCUGAAAAUAAGAGCAAGGGUUUUGUGCCAUACAGAGACAGCAAGCUGACGCGACUGUUGAAGGAUUCUCUGGGUGGGAACUGCCAGACUGUCAUGAUUGCUGCUGUCAGCCCCUCUUCCAUGUCGUAUGAAGACACAUACAACACCUUGAGAUAUGCUGAUAGAGCAAAACACAUCAAGGCCACACUGAAGAAAAAUGUGCUAAAUGUUGACUUCCACAUGGCUCAGUAUGGGAAGAUUGUACAAGAGCUUAGAAAAGAGAUCAAGGAGCUGAAGGGCAAGCUGCAGGCGUACGAGGAUGGGAAGAUGAUAUCCUCACGCCAACCUGCUGCUAGUGUAGUGCAGGUUGCCAACUGGGCAAGGUACCAGGGAGAGCUGCUGCGUUUAUAUGUAGGCCAUCAAACCAGGGUCAGUGAGCAGCUACAGGGGGAGGUGACCCUGCGCAAUCUACAGUGGAAAAUGUACCGCAAGGCACGCUCUCUUUCCAGGAUCAAAGUACUGGAUGACCCAGGCAGUGCAGAGAAUGCCAAAACUGUGGAUGGUUUCUUGAACGAGCUUCGCCAAAAAACGUCCUGUAUGGAGAUUUCAUCCGAGUCCUCCAGGAACAAGGUUAAGGAAAGCUGCAAGCACCUUACAGACACAUUACAGAAGAUGAAGUCACAUGCUGCUGGCGAGAAUAACAAGAAAACUCCUGAGGUGUUACAACUGCAAGUGCAGGUGCAUCAUCUGCAGUCAGAAUUGGAGAGCUCCAAUGUACAGAUGGAGUACUCACGCCAGGUGGUUCGCUGUCAGGAGAGGGAACUGGCACACAAUGAGAGGUUACUACACCUUUCUCUGAAGCUACUACGACAACAGCACUACAUCAUCAAAGGUCAUGGCAUGUUGACCUCUGACCUAGCGGGUUCAUACAGUGAAGUCCUGGCGAGGGUCGGGGGUCAAGAGGUCACAUGGGGGGACAGUGAGAUAGGGGUGACAUACACCAGGGGGUACACACUGGCCGACAUGCUCAGACUGCCUACCACUGCACUCAAAUUUGAGGAUCCUAACACAGAUGUGAGUGAAGUAGAGUGCCCGGCUGUUGCAGGAAGCAAGAGGGUGUUCCAGUUCACUGCCCCACUGCAGUCAGCUGGGCCUUCAUUACCAUACCAAGUUGAUGAGUGUUCACCACCUAAAGCAAAGCGGAUGAUGUUAGCUCCUUCCCGUUCCCAGCAGCCAGCAGGCAGGGUUAACCAUAGAGGGCAGAGAGAGGUCAUUAUCCCUAAUACACAGGGGCCAAGGUUCAAACACAGGUCACAAAGUGAGAGUUCUGGUCGCAGAAGGAGGUCAUUUUCUCAACCUGAGUCACAGAUGGAUAAGAAGAGCUUCAAUUCAAGUGGAAAUAAUGGAAAAUGCAGAGACCAUAGAGUUACUGAUAAUCGCUCCAGAAGUUUUAACAAUAGCUCAAAGCAUAAAAACUUCACUAAGAGUGAUAGUCAGAAACCCGUGUCAGGUGAGAGUGUGAGAACAACAGUUGACCAUGUCAAUGCAAAUGAGGAUGCAAGUCCUGAAAGGGAUCUCUCUCAUUCAAAGUUUUCACAUAUUAAUGACACCAUAACAAAGUGUAAAAAGUUUUCACACAUACAUCAUGUGAAUCCUAACGAUAUUCAAGAAACCAUUUCUGAAGAAGAGUCAGAAAAACUUGAUGAUACAUUCACAAUAGAUCCAAAUGAAAAUUGCAUCCCUUCUUCAAUUUUACCACAUGUGGAUGACAUUGACAUUUCUUCUGUCUCAAAAUCUGUGAUCAAAGAAAAUGAGAAUAGUGCCUUGUGUUCAUAUGCUAAUAAAAAUUCUCCUGUAAAGUCCAUGACCAAAACACAUAGUUACACAAGCAAUCUGUGUGAAGCUGGUGGUCUAAAUUCUACAUUUUCUUGUGACAGUGACUCUAGACAAGUUGAACCAGCUCUUAACUACAGUAACUGUGUUGAAGAAUCACAGACUGGUUUACCAGUUAGUCUUGGAGAGAAUGAGUCUGGAACCAGCACUAUUGUGGACCAGUCUGCUAAUAGUGUGGCCAGUCUAGCUUCUGUUUCCACGCUUAUUGAUGGACCUCAGAACCUUUCACAAAAUCUCUCUGGUACUGAGGAAACUAGUCAGUGUGGAGAACGACAGGGCAGAGACAAUGUAAUUGAACUUAAUAGCACUAUCCUUUGUGGAGAUGCAAGACCGGAGACAGUCUCGAAAUCUUUAAAACAUAAAACAGUUACAAAAUCAAAAUCAACAGAAACCGGUGUUAAAUCAUACACUGUCACUAAAAGUUCACAAGUUGGGUCAGAAAAGCCUGUUGUCAGUAAAGCCAUGAGGUCUAUACAGUUUGAUGACAGCGAAAAAAGUCCUCAUCAAGGCAAGAGCUAUGCUGAGAUAGUGAGGACCCCAACCCCAGACAGACCACCACUGAGACAAGUAGGCAACAGUAACACUCCACUCUCAACAUCACGCACUGACUCAAGGUCAUCCUGUGAGAGUCCAUUUGGUAAGCGACGUUCUGGAGACAAGUUAACGCCAUCCCAGCUGUUUGACAAGGAAAACUGUGAUAGCCUGAGUCGCUAUGGGAUCCCCUCCCUUGUAGCAAGUAGCCUGCUUACUAGUGGAAAGACGAAUGAGCAACAUUCUGGCGGAGCUCCCAGCUACAUGCAGGCCACCAAGUCCCACAUUAACAAGAAAAAACUCAACUCAUCAAAGAAUACCUCCUUGAACUCCAGUGAUGAAAUCAGUACUGGGCCUCCAAGAACAACCAGCAACCUGGCAAAAUCAACCUUCAUCACCAAACAUGCAAGACCAUUGUCAACCCACAUGCGGAGCAAGUCCACAACAAAUGUGUCAUCACGGGCAGCCUGGCAGAUAUGACCACCCACCUGUAGGUGGUUCCUUCACACCUUAUUCAACGUUCUAAUACAGUUUCUCCGGGCAAACCACAUCUGAGAGUGAUUGUAAAGUCCUGACUGAAAGUGUAUAAAACAAUAGCUAAUAGUCCUGUGGCAUUAAAGUGGAAAUGGGAGUCCUAUGAUAUUAAUGUGAAAAUGGAAGUCAUUUUCAUACAUGACAUGAUGUAAUAGGACAAUAAAAGAAGCAGUUAUACUAAAGUCUGUGUGCGCAUGCGUGAGAGCGUGCGUGAGUUGCUAUAUACAAAAAAAAAGAAGUGUGAAAAAUAAGAUUUUCUGGCUGGUAGAUGCUGGUAGUUUUUUCGAUGUCUGAGUGUAGAUGUAUGUGCUUCGCUUUGAGUAGAGUACAUGAUUUUAUGCAUGUAAAUAUUGGUACUUUUGUACUGCGUUUUUUGUCAUUGUUUAUGAAGUGCAAUAUUAGUUAAUGUAAUCACUUAUUAUGGUUUUCAAAGCUUAUGGUUGUGUCCAUAGAACCGAGCAGCCUUAGACCUGCAUGUCCAUGACUAGGCUUUUAGCUAAAGGUGCUGCAUCCUGUCUUUUUUUGUAUUACCCUCCUGUCCUCAUGGAGAUUGAAAUGCUUCAAACUGUCAAAUAUUUUUUUUGUUUUGAUUAAAAGUUAUGACAUGGUUAUAAAUACUCCCAAACUUUGGCAUUUGAAACCUAAUAUCACUUCAAUAAACAACUGUUAAAAUAACUGUUGGACAUUAGGUAUUGAUGUUAGCAUAGCCUGAACAAUAAUCUUCUUAUUUAUUGUUUUUUGUAGAUAAAGUUUUUUAAAUGUCCUUAUGGUAGGUUUUGCUUGUGACUCAAAACUUUAUUUUAAUGUAAUCUCAGAUUUUUAAUUUUAAUUAUUUAAAGUUAAAAGAAAUGUGUUACAAUAACUAUUAUGUGAAUAAUUCCUAUAUAAUGUUGAUGCAGAGAAAUAAAUUGAGGAAAAAAUG